UUAAUUCUCUCACAUAUGUUUAUUUUUACUUUAUAGGAGAGCCUGCAAUUACACACUCAGUACCCGUGGAGUCUAUGGAAAUACCACACAAUAUUACAGAGUUUUUUAUGCUGGGACUCUCCCAGAGGCCAGAGGUCCAAAGAACUCUUUUUGUGGUAUUCUUGAUUAUCUACACAGUCACGGUUUGUGGCAACAUGCUCAUUGUGGUCACUAUCACGUUCAGCUCUAACCUUGCUUCCCCCAUGUAUUUUUUCCUUUCCAAUCUAUCUUUUAUCGACACCUGCUAUUCCUCUUCUUUGGCCCCUAAACUCAUUGCUGAUUCCUUGUAUGAAGGGACAACUCUUUCUUAUGAGGGCUGCUUGGCCCAGCUCUUUGGAGCUCAUUUCCUUGGAGGUGUUGAGAUCAUUCUGCUCACAGUGAUGGCCUUUGACCGCUAUGUAGCCAUCUGCAAGCCCCUGCACUAUACCACCACCAUGACCAAGCACCUCUGUGGUGUGCUGGUGGCAGUGGCUUGGCUGGGUGGUUUCUUGCAUUCAUUGGUUCAGCUCUUUCUGGUUCUUCAAUUGCCCUUCUGUGGACCCAAUGUAAUCAAUCACUUUGUGUGUGACUUGUACCCUUUACUGGAACUGGCCUGCACCAAUACACAUGUCAUUGGCCUGCUGGUGGUGGCCAACAGUGGUGUGAUCUGCCUGCUGAACUUCCUCAUGCUGGCAGCCUCGUACAUUGUCAUCUUGUGCUCCUUGAGGUCCCACAGUGCAGAGGGUAGACGGAAAGCUCUGUCUACCUGUGGGGCCCACUUCACCGUUGUUGCUUUGUUCUUUGUGCCCUGUAUAUUUAGUUAUAUGCGUCCAUCAACUACUUUACCUAUAGACAAAAACAUGGCAGUAUUUUAUGGUAUUCUGACACCUAUGUUGAAUCCACUCAUUUAUACUCUGAGAAAUGAAGAGGUGAAAGAUGCCAUGAGAAAGCUCUUCACACACUCAGAAAUUCUAAGUACCUGA